AAUUUUUUAACAGGGCCGAGUUAUUUUGAUGUAACAGUUGAUGAUUCAAUAUGUCUAAGGAUUUGCGAGCUGCGAAGAAUUUCACGAAUAGACUAGAUGCGCCAAUCAAGUCAACCUCCGACUUCCUUGAUGAGGUAGCGGACGCUGGGGCGUCGUUGACGUUUCCGGCGAAGGCGUCGGGGCUGCGCGUCAAUGGACAUGUCAUGUUGCACGAGCACCCUUGCAAGAUCGUGAACAUGACGUCGAAUAGCACGGGGAAACAUGGACACGCGAUGACGCACGUGGUGGGCGUCCAUCUGAUCACUGCCAGGAAAUAUGAACACAUCUUCAAGAGUACACACACAGCCAAUGUCCCUGUCGUGCAGAAGAAGGAAUUUGUCGUGGUGGACAUGAACAAAGAGGGCUGGCUCGCGAUCAUGGACGACGGUGGAGUCAUACGUCAUGACCUGCGCGUGGAAGAUGACGCCAUCAGGCAGAGUAUUGCUGAACGCAUUGAUAAACAGGGCGAUGAGGAUAUUCUGGUGACUGUCCUGAAAGUCCUAAACCAGGAAGUCGUCAUGGCAACCAAGAUCGGCGUCAAGUAGAUGCUUUCCCAGAAGUAUCACGUGACCGGGCUCUCCAAGAUGGCGGACACUGGACUCGAUCAUCUAUCUGAUGAAUUAAGAACUCAUUUAUAUUAUGCAAAAUCUUCAAAAAUAGUGUUCAUUACAGAACACUUUUUUCACUCCAUUAUUCUCAACAUAUCGUUUUGAGAUUCGGAACAUCUCGGCCAUUUUUAUCGAAAACAACCUCGGUUGUAUUUGGACGGUUUACAUACUCAAAAAAGCGGAACGUUUACGUCCGCUGCAAGUAGAUCGCGUAGUAAUUUUAUUUAGCACUUAAACUUUAGACUUGUUUAGACUUAACACUUGGGAAUCUUAAUUAUGUUUGCAAUACUUCAUUGGCAAUCAAUGUAAACUUAGAUCAAUAAAUACAACUCUAAAGCACUACAAUUAAUUAAUGAUAUAAUUCAAAAGUUCACGAACUAUUUCCACUGAUGUACCGGCAUACAUCCGAGGUUGUUUUCGAUAAAAAUGACCGAUGAGUUCCGAAUGACUGUUUCGAGUGCUCCAGCUGAUUUCCGUCUUCAGCACUUGACGUAGUGCAAUGUUUCUCUAGCGCUCGUCGUUAAUAUUUGGAAG